AGGAAGAAUUAGAUGAUAAAAGGGAAGACGACGAAAGGGAAGGCAACGAAAGGGAAGAAUUAGAUGACAAAGGGGAAGGUAAGGAAAAGGAAGAAUUAGGCGACGAAGGGGAAGGCGAUAAAAGGGAAGAUAAAAAGGAAUAA